AUGGCUACUUCAGUAUUUCCUAUCAGCUUGCCUCCGCUGGCACCGCCAACCGUCGUCGGCCCCAAAGUCAGAUGUCCCACUCGCCCAACACACACUCUGCCACAGUACCUCAUCGACGAAGCCCGCAUACCGGAGCGCGUGGCGUUCGACCCAAAGAAGCACCUCAACUAUGUCGAGCCGGACAAGAUCUACUCCAUGCGGGAAAUUGGCCUCGAGGGACAGGGUAUCUCCAACACAGCUGCUUCGACGCCCUUCUCGCUUUUCACCCCCGACGCCAUUGCGCAGAUGAGAGCCGAGAUCUUCAGCCAACCUGUCCUGGAGAGCUGCCAGUACUCUUCCGACUUUGCCAAGAAUAUGAUCCGAGGGUUCGGUCCCAGCCCAGAGGUCUUGGCUGCCGUCUCCAAGAUUGCAGGCAUCGAGCUUGUACCGGCUAUCGAGUUUGACGUCGGCCACAUUAACAUUUCCGUGAACAACGCCAACACCGAGCUGUCCCAGAUCAAAGACACGGCCAAUUCGGACGAUUCAGCGUUUGCGUGGCACCGAGACAGUUUUCCAUUUGUCUGCGUAACGAUGCUGUCCGACUGCACAGGCAUGGUCGGGGGCGAGACAGCCCUGAAGACUGGUUUCGGUGACGUUAUGAAGGUCAGGGGACCAGCAAAGGGGACUGCCGUCGUCAUGCAAGGUCGGUACAUUGAGCACCAGGCUCUCAAGGCCAUGGGUGGCCGAGAGCGCAUCUCCAUGGUGACCUCCUUCCGACCAAAGAACCCCCUUAUCCGGGAUGAGGUCGUUCUAACCGGCGUGCGUGGAAUCAGUACGCUCCCUGAACUUUACGGCCAAUACACACAGUACCGCCUCGAGGUGCUUGAGGAGAGGAUCCGAGCCAUGGAGAAGAAGCUGAGGGACAGGGAGCGCUGUGGGCGCACGUUUGAUAUUAGCGAGGCGAGGAGGUUUGUCACCGAGCAGAAGCAAUUUCUGGAGGCGACGUUGUUGGAAUUGGUCGAGUGA